AUGGCCUCCGCCAUCCUGCUCAUCUUCCUAACCCUACUGGGCGGAGCCCGCAACUCCAACCCGCUGAACCGCAUCUACUUCUUGGAAGCCAACACGGCCAACAUCCCGGGCGCACCCGCGGUGUCGCGUUGGACCUUCUGGCAGCUGUGCAGCGUCAGGGAUGGCAAGAAUGACUGCGGCAGCUCGCACCCGGACUUCCCCUUCGACCCCCCAAGCCAUCGCAACUUUGGUACCACGACCAACGUGCCGCCCGAGUUCAUUGGGUAUGUUUAUUGUCGUCAAUCUGAUAUCUUCAGUCCAUAUCUAACGAACCACAGAACAAACCACUACUUCCUCACCUCGCGGUUCAUGUUCCCCUUCAUCCUCAUCGGCCUGUUCUUCGCAACCCUGUCCCUCUUCACCGGACUGGUGGCCAUGUGCACCCGCAUCGGCAGCUACAUCUCCGGCUUCCUGUCCUGGCUGGCCCUAACCUUCAUAACCAUCACAACCUGUCUCAUGACUGCUGUCUUCGUCCAGGGCCGGAGCGCAUUCAAUCGGAACGGUCAAUCCUCCAGCCUGGGUGUCAAGGCCUUUGCUUUCAUGUGGACUGCGACAGCCUGCCUGUUCCUGUCCUGUCUGCUCUACUGCCUUGGCGGUGCGGUGGGCCGCAAAGAAGGCGGCUACAGUGGGCGUGAGCAGCGGCGCCGCGGGUUCUUUUCUUCGCAGCGCUCGAAUAGCGUGCGCAGUCAAAGCGCUGCUAAUAAGAAGGAGACUUCUUCUUAUGCUUAG